AAAGUAGACGAUAAGAGAUAACUAAAAAGAGGAAGAAAGAUUUGGUAAAGAAGGGAGUGAGUUGCGCAGGUUGUGCGCUAUAGGAGUGUUUACAAUAAUCUUUGGUUCGUACAAGGCUCAACCUGAGGUGUUUCCUUUGACGGUGGGGUGAAUCGUACUUUUAAGAUGGAGCAGAACAACAAGAUGGUGAACCAAGAAGCUUUCCUUAGGAAAAGGAUCAACAAAGUGAGCGAGCAGGUGAAAAAGCUGAAAAAAGAGAAUCGUGAGAAGGAGUUAACCCAACUCAUGUACUCCAAUCUAUAUGGUAAGGCUAAUCUCGUUGGCUUAUCUGCUACAGAUUUAAAUGAUCUCGUUUGUAUCAUUGACAAGAAUUUAGAAGAAAUUAAUAAGAGGAUAGAGACUAUUGAUGCCGAGAAUAAUAACACCAGCUCGACGUCUCAAGUGGCGAUUGCGGCUAAGGUUGAGGUUUCUGCAAUGAAUGAGGAUGAUGAAGAUGUGAAGACUAAUGUCACUGUUAAUGACAAUAAUAUUAAAAAUUAAGUGUUAAUGCUAUGAUUUUACCAAAUGGGGACAAGAAUAAAUUAUGUUAUCGUUUAUAUUUAUGUUAUAUGGUGAUGGAGUUAUUAUUUAUCUUUUGUCGUUGGUAAUGAUGUGUUUUAAGUUUUAAUUAAAUAAAGUCGCCAUU